UGCCGGCUUCAGCGCGGCUUCACCGCCUAUUGUGCCCGGGCUCAAAAUGGCCGCCGCUCCUCCGUUUGAAGGAGGAGGGGUGCGUCGUCGUCACUUUCCCAUCAACCCCGCCACCUCCGCCGCCGGAGCUGCAAUCAGGAUUGGGGCAGUGAUUUGAGAGGACGGCGGCGGCGGCGGCGAAGGGGGGGGGGAGAAGGGGAAGGAGAAGGAGGCGCUGCCGGCCAUAAGUCCGGGUUUCGGAUGGGCUAGAGCCGGAGGAAGGGAGCCAGGAUGCCCUGGUCCCUGAGGGAAGGAGCAGGGGCUCUCCUGACUGAGGAGGGGGGGCAUGGGGCUGAGGGGCGUUGUUGUGGGGCUGGGGCACACUGGCCUCAUGCUGGAGAGCGCUGCUGAUUUGAGGAGGGGGCUUUGUGUUCUUAUUGUGAGAGCCUUUCCCAUGUUGCCUCGAAGGGGCUGCAAUGCAGCAUUGAGGCUUUGAGGGGGCUCUUCCUUCCUGAGGAUGCUAGGAAGGAGUAAGGGGUGCACAUGGGAAGGGAAGGUGGGGCAGGGAUUUGCAGCAUGGAUGGUUAGGGCUCUGGGCUGCCUAGGUCUCCCCGGAAGGUUGUAGGGAGGCUGAGCUGAGCAUUUGGGGGUCUUCGUUUGUGGAGGUGUCUUUAUUAUUAUUAUUAUUAUUAUUAUUAUUAUUAUUAUUGUGCUGCUUUUUUGGGUGGGGAGGUGUGAAAAGGUGCUAGGUUUUUCUUACCUGCCUCACAGGUUGUGUGUGGGUUUUAUUUUUGGGUAGCUUUGAGGGAGCAGGUUUUAUUGGGAUACACUAAAGCUUUCUCCAGAGGACCAUAGCCUUUUCAUGGCAAUAGGAAUUAAUGGCCUCCUCUGUUUCUGGGAGAUGAUCCCCUCUGAUUAUUUUGUAGGUUAAAUCGGAGUUAGGCAUUUUUCUGCAAGAGCGGUUAUAAUGCGCAGACCGGCUGUUCGUUUUACGGUUCUGGAAAGUGACUCUCGGUUAGGAGUAAAACAAUUCCCUGUGUAAGGAUUCUAUCUCCCAAUCUUAUUCUGUUACGUUUUGUGAGGUGCUGAUAACCUCUGUGGGGUAUUGAAGAAUUCUGAAGGUACAAUCAUAUCAUAUCACUUCUGUGAGCUUCUAUGGACACUUUCAAUUUUUCAAAUGUACUUAAGGAACGUAAGGAAAUGCUCUUAAUUUUGUAUGGACACCAGAGAACCUAAAGAUCCCAUAUAUGUGUUGCAUUGUACAUAGGCCUCUUACGUGGCUGUGUUGUAUAUUGUAUGCUGAUGGUUUUUUUGGUAGAAUUUGUCUUUGAGCAGAUAAUUAACUUCUAGAAGGGUGCAUUAGUUAGGAAAGUGAGCUUUAAUUCCCGAAAAUUAAAUUAGAGCUGGGAGGGAUCCCAUUUAUGGCAUCCCUUUUAUACUAAGGAUUUCAGUGUCAAAGCUUUAUUUGCAUUCCUAAAAUACUACCUUCAUUAAAAUAGGUAUUUGUAGGAGGAGUGGGGUAUUCUGAAGGGAAAUCAGAUUUGGAUGGUUCACACUACAUGUGGAAGAAGCUUAUUUCUCAGUGAGGGGGGGCUGCAUAUAAUUAUUUGAAGGUCACCCUAAAUUUGAAAGAGGCAAGAGCUGCUAAAUGAAUCUACCACAUAGAUUUCUAAUUGGGUAACUCCCCUGUAACAAAGGUGCUUUCAGACACCAGGGCAACCGUAUCGGUUUUCUUGGGGAUAAUCAUCAGUUGGGGGUUGGUGGGUUUGCCCACCCUCUGAUGCUCCCCCAAGCCAUGUCAGCUUUUGGGGAUGCCCAUGAGUGGUAUAUGGGGGCACUCAGCCGGCAAGAAGCAGCUGCCUGUCUGCAGGGCCACCGGCAUGGAACGUUUCUGGUACGGGACAGCACCACCUGCCCUGGGGACUAUGUGCUCUCAGUCAGUGAGAACUCCAAGGUUUCUCACUACAUCAUAAACAGCCUCCCUGGGCGCCUACGGAUUGGGGAGCAUGAGUUUGAUGGCUUCCCCGCUCUGCUAGAUUUCUACCGCCUUCACUACCUGGACACCACCACUCUUGUAGCUCCUGUGGGUCGGGUUGUAGCCCCUGCCUCUGCCCAGCCACCUCCUGCAGGUGAAUGGGUCCGUGCCCUCUACGACUUUGUAGGCCGUGAUCAAGAAGACCUCCCUUUCACCAAAGGGGAACCAUUGAGGGUAUUGGCCAAGCCUGAAGAACAGUGGUGGACAGCGCAGCGUGCAGAUGGGCGUGUGGGCAUGAUACCCGUGCCCUAUGUCCAGCCAUGUCCAUAUGCUCACCCCAGCAGCCAUGGUGCCCCCUGCCAUGCUCCAGUAAUAGCAAGAGCAGUGCAGCGACGGGUGCCUGGUGCCAGUGACAAGACAGCACUGGCCUUUGAGGUUGGUGACCUCAUUGCUGUCACCAAGAUGAACGUCAAUGGCCAAUGGGAGGGUGAGCUGAAUGGACGCCGUGGGCACUUUCCUUUCACCCAUGUCAAGGUCCUAGAUCCUGAGGAAACAAGUUGAAUGUCUGAUGUAACCCUUGAACUUUGACGUUACCUGUAGGGGCCACAAUCCCUGGACUUUGACUUGUGAGCUCCCGGCCAUCUUGAACGUUAUACCUCCUUUCAUGAACCUUGAAACUUUAAGCUACCCAGUGGCUGUUACUGAUCAUCCACUUCAUUGAUAGUUCAACUCCUUGGAUAUGGACCUCUUCUUCCACCUUGAACUCCUUGACAUAUGAACGUUCUCCAUGACUUGCUGUUCUUAAAAUGCUGUGGUACUCAAACUGUGUCAACUUAGACCCUUUAUGGGCUUGUUCAUAUUUGCUCCCUAAGAACACAGUAAUCCUUUUGGCCUUGUGGUUUUCAAUUUUGAUUAUGUGCUACUCUGCAUCCUGUGACCUGUGACCCCAGAAGCUCUUGAGCUUUAAUGGUUGACCCUCUUUAGCCUUGUGUAUUAUUCAUUUGACCCUGCUGUCAUUGGGGGCAGGAGCAGUGUUUGACUUUGACUGAGUGACCAGAGUCCUGCCACCCCUAAUAGGAAUCCCAUUCCACUUGUUGUCUGUUCCAAACCACCUUGUUAAUUAAAGUUUCCUGCUGAUUA